AUGACCGAGAGCUCAGUUUGGACGUCAAAAGCUCGCGAUAUGGAGAUGACUUUUGCUACCGAAAUUCAACUUUGCCUUACAAUAACUGACACGAUCGAGAAAGCUGCAGUCAGUGAAACGAUAAGUGAAAAAGGUGGCUCACUAAUUCACUCACAGAAACGUCGAAAGGAAAAAUUGGCCGAACGCUUUGAACAGUUUGGGUGGCCUGCGACCAAGCCUAUGGAUACAGUGCAUACGGGAGAAUGUAAUGUAAACCUGUAUCUGUAUCUGCAUCUAAUCCUGUUCAAAGAGGGCGGAGAAUCCCUGGUGACUCACCUGAUAAAACUUAUUAGGGCAAAAUGGAACGAAGAAAAGGUGCCUCCAGAUUGGGGCACGUCGACAAUUAUCCUUAUCUUCAAGAAGAGUUUACCUGUUUCUGUUUGCAUGUUUGUCUACCUGGGCAGCUGUAUAGGUUCCGGUGGACUAGCUGAGAUGAGAGUAUUUCUCGAAUCGGAAAGGCCAGGGCAGCUUUUGCCAACCUCCGACACCUGUGGCGGGGGCGUGACGUGGCACCCUUCGGUAGCUAACUGUCAUGCCACCCGAAGGAAGCACGAAGGUUGGGAUACUGUUCCGUUGCCCAAGCCUAGGAAGGGGAAACCGGCUAGGAUGGGGGAACCGGGAGGCAGAGGUCGGGUUCGAACCACUGACCUUCCGGCCGGCUCCGCUCGUCUUCGAGUUACUUUUCGUCAGUGUCAGCUGACCCGACCUAAAGCUGCCACCUUGACGUGGUGGUCGGGCUUCAGUGCUGCAAUGAUCCCGCAGGCUAUACUGGCUGGAACUUCGUUCCACAAGGUGCAACCAUGCCAGGAAGGCCAAAGGGGAGCAGCCAAACUAAGAGCAGCGAGACCCCAUACUACGAUGCUGGAUUUAUGCACCAAUUUACCAGCUCGCGCGUGCAAUGCGCAGCUACCUACCCCCCACCCCCAAAUCAUCGGUGAACGAAACUGCGGCAGCUACAACCAGUGCACGAACGCGGCGCGGUUCUUACAGCUGACGAUGAUGAUUAUGAUGAUGACGCAAUUGGUGAUGGAACGUUUACAAGCAAGUGGUCAAGCUAACAGAUGA